CUUUGUCUCAAGUAGUCAAGUGGAGGAUCCGAAGGCCAUUGCGACGCGCAGGGAAGGCUUCCCUUUUUCUCAAGUAGUCAAGUAGACGUUGGUGACGAUGAAGGAAGAUACUUUGCAGAAAGCCAGGAACUGGAUUGAAGGUCUGUCACAGAGUCGGUUUGAGAUCGAAAAAUUGUCAGUUAAGACCCUCCAGAUUGUACGGUUCCAGAAGGGUUUGAUCCUUGCCUACUUCACCGUACCGAAGCAUCUGUGUGACAGAAAUGGCAAUUGGCAAGCGGGAGCAAUAGCAACCCUAAUCGACAUCGUUGGAUCUGCAGCUAUAGCAUCUCUUGAUGGGGUUCUCAAAGUAUCCGUCGAUUUCAGCAUAUCCUACUUCUCUACGGUUCGGAUCGAUGAAGAAGUGGAGAUUGAAGCGAAAUUGUUGGGACACAAAGCGAAGCUUUCAUCAACGAUGGUCGAGGUUAGAAGGAAAGACAAUGGAGAGCUGGUCGCUUCAGGUAAGCAAUGGAUGACGUCUGUUGAUAUCAAAUCAAGUAAGCUCUGAGUCAUGCUCUGAACUAAACUAUAAUACCCAGUUGUCUUACCUCAUAAGGGACUGCAGAUGAGCUUUGCACAUCUCAUUUUGUUGAUAUUCUGCACUUGCAACCCAAGAUAUAUCUGUCGUUCCUGAAAACUCCUUCAAUCAAACAUAAAUUCAGGGAAUAGAAAACUGUCAUAUUUUUUUUUUCUUAAUA